AUGCCCUGGCGACCUCUCCCUCGAAUUGCAUUCGCUGUCGCUAUCUAUCCCUUCAAGCCUUCGUCUCCCGCAGACCUCCCCCUAGAACUUGGCGAUGAGCUUUACAUAAUUGAACAAGGAGGGACAACUGGAUCCUGGUAUCGGGGUUAUCUUGUUGCGCCGCCUUCACUACUGGCAGGUUUAACCAGCGUGAAGGGACGCACGCUCGAGGCAAGGGUCUUUUCAGGAAUCUUUCCUAAGAACUGUGUGGAAGUGCGAGAGGUCUUGGGUGAUGCAGAUGGCUCAAAAGACGGCAGAUUGAGCACUCAGAUCAUCACAGGGAAAUAUGCAGGCUCGAGAACCAGCACCGCAUCCCCUGAUAGCCUUUCUGUCACAGAUGGCAGGACACUUUCCACUGGAGUGGGCGACCUUAAGGCGUCACGGAAAAUGUCCCAAAUUACAAUUAUAAAACUAGAAGAGGAUGUAGGUAUACGACGAUCCGCGUCUCCCUCUUUGCCAUUGACACCUAUAUCCCUAGGCCCCCGCGACCCUAACACUAUAAAACCGCCUGCACCCGUCCCAAUGUUGAAAAUCGGCGACGAGACGCCCACUUCUGCAGCAGAGCCUCUUGUGGAUGAAAUCGCAUCAUGUUUGCGGGAAUGGCAUUCCACAAAUAUACACCAACUCCUCUUGGCCCGACAAUACACAACCCUAGAGAACAUGUCGAAUAUCGUUUUGGAACUAGACCUUGCACGACGACAGUUGCUUCACAAUGUCCUGACAGCCCAAGAGCGCGCGGCCUUGCGAGAAGAGACAGUAUGGAAUCUCGUUCGAGGAAAUAAAAUGCUAAGCGGAGAAGUGGUUGUUCGUGACCCAAAUCAACGAGGGCGCUUGCUUACCGGAGACGAUUCGGCCAUGGAACUGACCAAGCUUCAAUCCGAAAUGAGCGUGCUUGACAGUGGACUUACUCCUCAACUAGAUAACGUUUCGCUCCAUCAUCUGCUUUUUGAAGUGAAUGCAGUUUCUGGGACUGAUGCUGGCUCAAUAACUCUUGCCGUCAGUCUGUGGUUGAAACAAGCGAACGGAGACAUACGUCAACUUUCAGAGACCUACUCUUUAGAUCUGCCGACCGCCGAAACCUUCGCCACCCUGGUUAACAACACCAAGCUGAAGACCCUCUUUACGGACUUAAGUGCCGCUGAUAUUGGAGAAGGAUCUAACUCUGAUUCAAAGCUGUACCUUGUUAUCAAGGCGUUGGGAUCCGAAUCACCUAGGGUUAAUGCGCCGCCAAAAUCUCGGUCAUCAAGUUCCCGAGAUGGCUCGUUAUCGAAUAGAGUCGCUUCAGGUAUCAAUAGCGCAGGGAAAGGUAGCUUGAAGACCAGACGGAGUAUGAUGUGGGGCCCUAAAUCUAGAGGGCCAGGCUCUGAAGUUGGAAAGGAGCUAUCAAGACAUCCACCACAGUCGAGCGACUCUGUUACAGCCAAGCCUAGCAAAGCUGAUACAUCUGGGAAGGAGGCUGCAGUCGCCAGAGUAGUUGGGCUUGGGGCUUUGGAUAUUGGCGCUAUACUCAAGCAAUGCAAAGAGGUCGAGCAGGUCGUCAAUAUUUGGUCUCCUCGUCGUAAAACCGAUGAAGAGGAUGACUACUCAGAGGGUUUCGAUGAGAUCGUACGGUCCCUCCUAUAUAGCGCAACAAAACAGUAUGUGAGAUCCUUUCGCGCGGGAAGGGUGCACGUACAGCUCCACCCAUUCACCAGCGAAGAUGCGGAGACGCUUGUACGGAACAACCCUACUUCCCUCCAUAACGUCACACAGACGAAACGAAUAGGAUUUCCCGGAGCGCCAACUAAACCAAGAUCCGAUAUCUACGUCACUUUAAAUCGAGCAAUCAUCUCGCAAGAUGCCUUGCUUUCGCAUCCAAUCAACUGUCAGGUUCCGGUUCCGCAGAUCACAGGUUUACGGAACCUCCAGUUGACCCUUGAAGUCCGCAACACUGCAGGAGCACGAAUUGAACAUUGUAUCUACCCUUCCUCCAACGCACUAGGCCAAACUGCCUGGCGAACCACUGUUGCUGAGAGAGGCGCAGCUUGGAACCAAACGAUUCGAUUGAACAUUCCUGCCGAUCAAGUCCCCGGUGCCCAUCUUAUUAUGAGCGUAGCCGACGCUCCCGAAUUCCCGUUUGCUCUGAGCUGGAUGCCACUGUGGGACCAACAGGCGUUCAUUCGUGACGGCCGUCACUCUCUCUUGUUGCAUGCUUACGACAAGUCUACUUCAAGCAUUGAAAAUGGGCGCGGCGCCUAUCUCUCCCUUCCUUGGAGCGCACUUGGAAAGAACGAAUCUACUAAAGACGAAGCUGUUACUGGUCCUUUAGCAACACUGUCCCUAGAAACAGAUCUUGCAGUACAGAUGAAACAGCUUCGGGAUGUGUUCGAUGCGCUCUUUGGGAUCAUUGUGGAGAACGCUGGGAAUGAAGAGUAUGAAGAUCUAGUAUUCAAUGACUUGGUCACUGUCCUUGGCAUUGUGCAUGACCGUCGAUUUAAUCUUGGGCCUUUGGUCGACCAUUACGCGGAAAAUCAGUUUAAUUUCCCCUUUGCUACGCCAUGUCUGAUUCGAAGCUAUUGUCGCCUCCUUCAAGCGACGCCGGACUCACAGCAAUCUCGGAGCCUUCGUGCUGCCUUCAAGGUUGGCCGACAUCUUCUAAAAUUCAUAAUUAAUGCCCGGGAACAACAGAAAGCAAAGGAGGAAGGUAUCGGCAUCACAAAGGUUCAGUCGACCUUCGACCGAGAUUUACAUUUCAUCUUCAAGUCUGUGGAAGCUCUGAUGCAAAAUCCUGCUCCGAUACUUGUUGGCAGCAAGACUUUGGUUGUACAGCAUUUCCAUACAUGGCUACCCGAACUUUCAAGUGCACUGACAAAGGAAGAGAUCAUUAAUAUUGCAUUGAGCUUCAUGGAUUCCUGCAAGGAUGUCAAGAGCAUGCUUAUCCUUUAUAAAUUGGUGUUGAUCUUAAACUAUAUCCGCCUUCCCCUGUUCGAAAGCCCAAAAGACAGAGAGAUGCUAUUUUCUUCCUGUGUAGAUUGGCUCGCCCCAUACUGGGGACAGACGGAUGAUGCCAAUGACCAGUAUCGAGAUCAGGUUCGACUCUGUUCGUCAAUUGUAGCAGAGCAGCUCAAGUAUCCAUCCCCCGAAAUGUAUGUGUACAUGCCCAAGGCUGUAGCAUCAUACUGCGUUCUGGUUGCCGAUGGUGUCGAGGAAACAGAUUGGCUAUCGAUGCUCUUCAGCAAGUCUUUCCCUUUCCAGCUCAAGCAGUCCAAAACAAAGCAAAAAUUCGAGGAGAGUCUUGUCGAACUUGCAGCCGUCAUUGCAUCGCUCGCGACAAUACCCAACCCGACGCCAUUGUCAUUCAAGGAUGAUGAUCUAGCCUUGUUCUUGUCACAGGCUCUCGAGACCCAUAAAUCCGUCCUUAGCUGCGACGCUUACCCUCCUACUUGGCUGAGUCUGCAUAUAUAUCACCAUCGAGCGAUCAUGAAGAGUUUAGAAUAUCUGUCAACGAUGCUGAUUAGCUCUUUUCUUCCCCCACCUGAUGAUGCCGAUAAUUUUGACAUGGAGCUAUGGAAAUUAUUUUUCGAGACACUGCUGAAGCUCGUUUCAAGUGAUGCUCUCACCCUCGAGACCUUCCCCGAACAGAAGCGCCGAGCUGUAUGGAAGAUUGCUGGAGAUGUGCGUGAGCAUGGUGCUGAUUUAUUACGGAGAGCCUGGGAAGCAAUUGGUUGGGAGACUAGUUCAGAAGAACAAGAGCGCUAUGGCCUGAAGAAGCUGGGCGGAUACCAAGUUCAAUACGUCCCUAGCCUUGUUUGUCCCAUCAUCGAACUCUGCCUCAGCGUCCAUGAAGGCCUUCGACAUGUCGCCGUGGGGAUCCUGCAGACAAUGAUCGUUUCCGAGUGGCAACUCAAUGAGGACCUUUCAUUCGUGGAGGCUGAAAUAAUCUCCAGUCUAGACUUGCUGUUCAAAACAAAGAAUGCCAAUGAGAGUGGGACUCAAAAGACGUUUAUCAACGAGUUGCUAGACUUAUUUGAAAUAGUCUCCUCAGAUCCCGAUGCGGACCUGCUUGUGGCGUUGAAGGAACUUGUUGCAACGGUUGACGAGUUACUGGAUCUUUUGGUCGCGUCUCAAAAUGGCAAUAUUACGGAGAGCCUUAAUACCUUGAAGCUUAUGGAGUUUAUGAAAGACAUGGACAAAGAAGAUAUAUUUAUUCGAUACGUGCAUGAGCUUGCUCGUGGGCAGAUUGCGGCGCGUAAUUAUACCGAAGCCGGCCUUGCGCUUCAGUUCCACGCCGAUCUUUAUGACUGGGAUAUCUCCAAACCCGUCCCUGCGUUGACGAACCCUGUUUUCCCCGAACAGACAUCAUUUGAACGGAAAGAGGCAUUGUACUUUGAAAUCAUUCAACAUUUUGAGGAUGGUAAAGCUUGGGCACAUGCACUUUCCUGCUACCGGGAACUUGCACAUUAUUACGAGCACACAGUACUGGAUUUCUCGAAACUUUCAAGAACUCAGGCAUCCAUGGCCAAGAUUUACGACGCCAUCGUGAAAGGUAACGACCCACCUCAAAGAUAUUUCCGUGUUACAUUCAAAGGUCUUGGAUUCCCCGCUACUCUAAGGGAUAAGCAGUAUAUUUUCGAAGGAUACCCUACAGAUCGGAUGGCGACGUUUACCGACCGCAUGCAAAAACAAUACCCAGCCGCCCAGAUCGUGUCUUCAGAUGUUAUAGACGAUCUCGAAGGGCAGUUCUUGCAGAUUUCAGCUGUCAGUGUGCAAAAAGAUAUGAAUCACGCUGUCUACCAGCGAUCUAAGGUACCGUACUCAGUCCGAGAACAUCUGUUGACUUCAGUGCCUUCCCAAUUUUCGAUUACCUCAAAACGACAUACUAGCGGAGAUGACGUGAAAGAACAGUGGGUCGUCAAAACUGUUUUCACAACUACAGAGCCUUUCCCGAAUAUUCUUCGGAGAAGUGAAAUUAUCUCGUCGGAGGAAAUAGUCCUUACACCUCUUCAAACGGCAAUUGAGCGCACCUGGCGCAAAACCCAAGAGCUCUUGUUGCUGGAAAGACGAGCCUCGUCUGGAGAGGACUUCAAUUUAACAGGGUUAACGGAAGUUCUAAGCCGUCUUCUUGAUCUUCAGUCAACUUCCUCGGGCUGUGUUGCCCUUUAUCGACAAUUUUUGGUAGAUGAGAGCAAGAUGGAUAUGAAUUCAGUAGAUUGCGAGACUGAGGAGCAGGCUCCACGCCCCGUCAAUCCUCUGAACAAUGCAAUGGCUGUUGCUCUCAUCGAUCACGCCCUUGCAAUUAAGCGCUGCUUGGCAUUGUACAACCGUCCUGCUUAUCAAGCUACCCAGUUGGAACUUAGUCGCCAUUUCGAAAUCGCAUUUGCUCCAGAGGUUGCCUCCCUUAGCCCUGUCUUUAAUACUCCUGCAGGCGAAGAACCACCUAGCCUUCUCAACGGUCGUUCUGACCCAUUAAUUGCCUCUCGACCUCAGCCCAUAGCCCAAACCCGUCCCAUUAGUCCAGAACAGGAACUCAUCCGCGCCACGCGUCAGCUUGAAAAUCCUUCGAAGACGAAUAAAUCCCAUGAGAAAACCAUCAGCACGCAUCGGAUCAGCCUCAAUCCUUUUAAACGCUCCAACCAUUCUGUCACCAACUCUAACUCCACCAUCAAUGCGUCUACCAUCAACGAUGUACGACAACAAUCCGAAUCCAAGCUGAACGGCACCUAUACAUCGCGUCCAUCCACCGCAAGAACAGAUGCCACGGAUGCCGUAUCCGUCACUCCCAGCCGUGCCGCUAGUCGUCGGUCGCGCAAUAAAAACCGCGACUCUGGGUCAAAGCGACGUAGUUGGUUUGGUGGUGGUGGCGGUGGAAUCGAUACACAAAAGAAUAGUUCAUCCAUCUCUGCGCCCGCCACUUCUACCGAGGACAUCCGUACGACACAACAACGGAUAACGGAACGUGCGCGAUCAUCUCGAUCACAAGAUGGGCGGAGUGGAAAUAUCGCCUCCCAUCCCCCUAAUGCGGAGAAUAGCGGCAAUGGUGGUGUGACUAACGGUAUUAGCAGUGCUGCUGCAAAAGUGAGCCAGCUUACUCGAACGGUAUCAGGCGCACGCCGUGGAACAAAGGGCAGUAGCAAUAACAGUACCAAUCCUACAAGUGCGAGUGCGGAUUCCAAUAACAAUGGCCGCCCCGUGACUUCGGAACGGCUUGUUACAAAAGCAAUAAUGCCCACGCAGACAACCACAGUGACGACCGGCGAGAAUGACAAUAACAAGAAUGCCGUCUCUAAUUCUCACAGAGCGACUGUUAGCACGUCAGUCACGACAGGUCCCACUGCCGCGGCACCCGCACCUGAUGGCAACGCCAGUGGAGUUCGAGAUUCAAUGAUGAAACGGUUUAGCAUGUUGAAGGUGGGGAAGAAGACCACCCGACAUAAUGUGCGCGAUGGAGGUGGGGUCGGGGGAAUGUUGCGAGAGGAGUGA